AUGCGUAUCAUUUAUAUGCGGGUCGUGGUGCUCCUUUCCUUAUCACAGAUCGUUUACAGUCAACAAGGUGGGUUUACCAUAAUAAUUUACUGUAUAUAAAUUGUAUACAGUUUUAUUUAGCUUGGUUUUACAUUAUCAUUUCAAUGUUAUGCAAAACGUCAUAGAACCUUAUUUUAGUUUUGGCUGAACCAGCAGCACCAUCCGAAGCCCCCUCUUCCACACCUGACAUCGUAAACCAACCAGGAAAGCGACGACAGUAUGUAGGAGCAGGUCUACCACCACCACCAGGAGAACUACUAGCCCCUGCCCCACCUCCACCAGCUGGUCCGACCGGUCAAUGCCCUGGAGGUCCAUCUCUGCCAGUUGAGUGUGACCCCAAGCGACCAUGGCCUCAAUGUCCACCUCAAUCUUACUGCUACGCCACCAACAGUGUCGACAUCGGGCCCUACUUCUGUUGUCCUGUCUGUAAGUUUAGGUUACUGAAUUUAUAUGGGUCGAAAAGCCACAGAAAUGUUUAAAAAUGAAAAAUUGUACUUUUAGUCUGAAUAAUCAUUUAAAAUUUCGUUUAAAAAACCUCAAGUUUCUUAAUCGACCUAAAAAAUUUUUCAACUUGAAUACUUAUAGGGUCGACAUACGGAGCCGCCUGGAGACCAGCCACCCCAUUCUUCGACUACGUUCCACCAAAGCCAUUGAACUGGGGACCAGCCGUCCCUCCCCCGCCUCCAGUCGGAUUCGCUGCUCCAGGACCCAUCGGACUAGCCCCGCCAGUAGCCGCUCCAAUCCCGGCCGCCUACCCCGCCCCAUUGCCAGUUAAAGCGAAACGAACGAUCAAAGAAGAAGACGAACAGUAA